GAAAAACAGUCCACAUCUACGUUGCAUCACCAUGGUGCUCAAGUCAUGAUUCAUGACAGAUCACACAAACACAAACACAAACACAACACAACGCAACCCACUCACUCACACACUCUCUCUCUUCCACUCAGUUCACUUCACUUCACUCAUCUGCCUCAUCUACACCUCAGACAAGGGAACAUGACACAACUAAAACAACAACACCACCAAAUCUAAAUCCAGAUCCACCAUCAUUGAACUUCAACUUCAACUUCAACUUCAACUUGAACAAGAACUAGUUACAUUACAUACAUAGAUAAACAUAGAAAGACAGAGAUUAAUUAACAAACAUUAUGCCUUCUCAAUCUCAUAAUUGCAUUUUACUUCCCCAAAUUACCCUCACAUUUAUGCUAUAUUUACUAAUCUUAUCCCCAACACCAUCCCUCUCCCUCAACAUCACCGCUCUCCUCUCAACCUUCCCCGACUUAUCCCAAUUCACCGCCCUCCUCUCCGCCGCAACUCCCCUCACCACCGAACUCUCCCACCGCACUUCCCUCUCUCUCCUCGCCGUCCCAAACUCCUUCCUCUCUACCGACCCUCACCUCUCCCACCACCAACUUUCCUCCUCCGCCCUCACCGACGUCCUCCGCUACCACGUUCUCCUCCAAUUUCUCUCAUGGUCCGACCUCCACUCCCUCCCUCCCUCCGGAAAACUCGUCACCACUCUCUUCCAAACUACCGGCCGCGCUACAAACAAUUUCGGCUCCGUUAACAUCACACACGACCCUCAUACCGACGCCGUUUCGAUCCGUUCACCUGCACCUUAUUCUUCUUCAAACGCAACCGUUAUCGAACUUAUCAAAACCCUACCUUACAACGUUACAAUCUUCACCGUUAGUUCUCUCUUAAUCCCUUAUGGUUUUGAUCUCAUGGCAUCGGAAACUCGUCCUAGCAUACUUCUAAACAUUACUAAAACUUUAAUCGAAGCUCAUAAUUUCAAUGUCGCUGCUUCAAUGCUUUCUGCUUCCGGCGUCGUUAAUGAAUUCGAAGCCGGUGAAGGCGGCGCCGGAAUCACGAUGUUUAUUCCCGUCGAUGACGCUUUCGCCGAUCUACCUCCCUCCGUUUCGUUACAAUCACUUCCGGCGGAUAAAAAAGCCGUUGUUCUCAAAAACCACGUUCUCCGUGCUUAUUACCCUCUUGGUUCACUUCAAUCCACUUCGAAUCCAUUGCAGCCUACACUCGCCACUGAAACCAUGGGCGCCGGAAGCUUCACGCUCAACAUUUCUAGGUUUAACGGCUCCGUCGCGAUUAAUACCGGCAUUGUUCAAGCUUUAAUUACUCAGACGGUGUUUGAUCAGAAUCCUAUAGCGAUUUUCGGCGUUUCUAAGGUUUUGUUACCAAAAGAGAUUUUUGGAAAGAAUCCAAUUGUGUCUGCGAAAUCGCCUCCGGAAAGUGGUGCUCCUCCUUCGUAUGAUGACACUCUUUGGAGAAUUCACCGGGGAUUGAUGGCCAGCCGUCACACCUUUCUUCCCCGCCGGGGUUCGGAGUAGAUGUGAGCUCAGUUGACGCCGCCGGUGUUUAUGGUUCUGAGUUAUUUGUUUUUCUUCUUUGUUGUAUAAAUUUGUAUUUAAUGAUAUAAAGAGUAAAUUGUUUUUCCUCAUUGUUGUUAUUAUUAUUUUUUUGUGGGGUUUUGUUUUGAUUUUCUCCACCUUGUGUACACGCUUAAUUGCAUUAUUAUUAAUUAUUGGCUUGCAAAUGCAGCCUCUUUUUUACUGCC